CAAGAAAAUCAAAAUUCCACCACCACCACCACUCAUCUAAAUUUCAAAAUACAGACAUUCAAACAAUCUAUCUUGUUUCUCCCAACGAAGACGAUGAUGAACACACUCAGGGUUCAUCUUCAAUUCAAUCACGCAAAUCUCAUAAAAUCCGCCAUUAACACAACCUCCAAAUCCAAGCUCACCUCCCCCUUUUCAGCGUCAUCCAACAACGUUGUCAAAUCAAAACCCACAACCCAUCAUGUAGAAAGAUCCCUCGAGCUAAAACCCACACCCCCACUUCCCAAGAUCAGACUUUUAGGCGGAGAAUCGCCGCCGCUUACUACAACCUCAAAAACAAGAAUGGUGAUUCUGGGAGCAGCGUCUUUAGGGGUGGCGCUCUUCGUAAUGGGUUUCGACGACCACCAAAAGGCGUUGGCUUUUCUACCAGAAGGUCCGUUAAUGGAGGAUUUCUGGGAUAAUAUGAGGAGGUACGCGCUGUACGCGCUGACAGUGAGCACCGGGGCGAUAUGGGUUCUUGUGGAGCCGAUAGUUGAGUUGUUGAAGAACCCCAUCUCUGCUGUUCUUAUUAUUGUUAUUCUUGGCGGCGGGUUUUUCCUCGUUACCCAAGUUGUCACUGCUAUGAUUGGCUUGUCUGAUUUCUCUUAUGAUUAUAACUAUUAAUUAGACAGAUGAUUAUCUUCUUGUCUUUUUUUUUUUUUCAUUUUGCUUGUAGCAAAGUUAUAUGCAUAUUGAUAAUAUAUAUCUGAGAUUCUGAAUAACACUUGAAAAAGAAGUUUUAUUGGCA